AUCUGGAGCUGUUCCUGAGAAUUGUCGAGUAGAAUAUCAAGUAUAACAUCAAUUGCUUUGGUUGGCCUGCCAAAAUGCUUCUUGAAGAAGACCCAGCCACGCUGAUCCACCACACCGUUACCAACUUCAACAUCCAGCCUGACAAACAAACCGUUACGCGCAUCAACGACUCCCUCUCCUCCCUUCAGCAGUCCCGCGACCUCCGCAUCCGCGAUGCAGAAAUCUCCCUCCGCAAACUAGCCCGAAGCCUCAACACACUUACUGCCCAGCACAACGAGACCGUCGCGUCUCACGAUCCAGCCCGUCAUGCUGCGUCCAUAGUAGAACUGGACACGAAAAAAUUUCGAAUUGCGAAGGCGGCUUCGGAACUUGAGAUCGAGAGUGAAAGGUUGGAGGCCGAGCUCGAGGCGUUGAAAGCUAGGUUGGCAGAGCUCGAUGCUCAAGGGCUAGAAGGGGAUGAGCAGGUGAGAAGGGAGCGAGAGGCGGAUGAUGCGACGAUAUUACGGCUCAAGAUCUACCGCUCGCUGGGAAUCGAUGUCGAGGCUGAUGAGUCGGGGAACUAUACCAAGGCCAUCAUUCGGAAUAGCCGAAAGGGAGAUGUUCAUGUUGUGAAUAUAGAUCCCAAAUUCUCACGACUCUUUUAUGCGAAUUACUUCUGGCAGACAAUGCAGGGCUAG